AUGCGCGACACAGCGGACUGCCCUCUCGGUGAAGUUUGCUGGGAUCAGGUGGUAUACAAGAACACUUUUCUCGAGGUGGUGGAUCAGGACGCGGAGGCAGUGAAGGUCAAGUUUGGCCGAUCCGUUUCGUGGCCUUGCCUAGGUGCUCAGGUGUCUGAGCCCACGGGUGCCAUCAUCCAACCUCAAGACCAGAAAGAGGCCGAGGAUUCUUCGACGCAGUCUACGGCCGCUUCUAUCGUCCAAGUUCAACAGAAAGAGGCCGAGGAUUCGUCGACGGAGUCCACGGCCGCUUCGGCGGAGUCCCCGGUGGAAUCUCCGACGUUCACGGAAGCAGCCGAGGCCAUCAGACAGGUGAUCUGGGCCAUGCUCGUUUAA